AUGAGUCGCCCCUGCAUCCUGAGUCUGACGGCCAUUCUGGCUGGAAUCGCGCAUGCAGCUUCUGGAACAGGUUCGUCUACAAGAUACUGGGAUUGUUGCAAGCCCUCUUGUGCUUGGCCUGGCAAGGCCAAUGUCACCAACCCUACGUAUACUUGCGACAUCAAGGAUAACCCACUCUCCAACCACGAGGCAGUCUCGGGCUGUCAGAGCGGUGGGACUGCUUUCACAUGUACCAAUCAAGCCCCGUGGGCAGCCAACAGCCUUGUCUCCUAUGGCUUUGCAGCAACUGCCAUUAGCGGUGGCACAGAAGCCAGCUGGUGCUGUGCCUGCUACGCCCUGACCUUCACGUCCGGCAAGGCCAAGGGCAAGGUGAUGCUGGUCCAGUCCGUCAACACAGGCGGAGACCUCAGCGGGAACCAGUUCGACCUGCAGAUCCCGGGCGGCGGCACCGGCAUAUUCGACGGGUGCACCACCGAGUUCGGCAGCUCCUGGGGCGCCCAGUACGGCGGCAUCUCGAACCGGUCCGAGUGCUCGGCCCUGCCGGCCAAGCUCCAGGCCGGCUGCGACUGGAGGUUCGACUGGUUCAGGAACUCGGACAACCCGACGCACACCUUCACGCAGAUCUCGUGUCCCGCCGAGCUCACCGGCGUCACUGGCUGUGUCAGGGACGAUGACGCCAGCUUCCCGAAAUAUGUCAUGCCGUCGCCUGCUACUUGGACGGCUCCGAGCCCUACGGCGACUGCUGCUGCUUACGCGCAGUGUGAUAGUCUGACUUGGGAUGUGGCUAUGCUGUGCCCAUCCGGAUACUACUGCAGCUAUGUGACGGAUUUGCGUUCAAGGGACCGCGCCUUCUUCUUCGUCAUCGACCGCCUCAACCCAGAAGGGCAGCAGCACAAGCUCCAGUUCCAAGUCCACACAAGGUGCUUCAACUUCUUCGUCUUCCUCAUCCAAAUCUGUCACGACGGCGACUACCCUUACGACGACCUCACACGCUACGACAACCACUGCGGCUGGGGGUUCGACACAGACCAAGUAUGGGCAAUGCGCUGGGAGCGGCUGGACUGGACCAACUGCUUGUCCAGCGGGGAGCACAUGCUCAAUGGCUAA